CAGAAAUGCCAUCGACUUCAUCAUCGUCAUCCUCUGCCUGUGCCGCCUGCAAGUACCAGCGGAGGAAGUGCGCGCCCGACUGCGUCCUCGCCCCUUAUUUUCCGGCCAAUCAGCCCAGAACUUUUCAGAACGCGCACCGCCUAUUCGGGAUCAGCAACAUGACCAAACUUCUGAAGCAGCUCGAAGACGACGAGGACCAGAAGGCCGACGCCAUGAAAUCCAUCAUUUUCGAGGCCGAUAUGCGGGACCGCUUCCCCGUCUACGGCUGCGUCGAGUACAUCUAUUACCUCGAUCAACAAAUUAAGCAAGCCUCCGACGAGCUGCGAUGCUUAUAUGCCCAACUCGCUUUUUACAGAGAACAAUCGUUAUUAGGGCCCGUUGAUUCUGAGAAUGAAGAUCAGCAUCACCAAUUACAAUAUACGGCCGAUUCAUUACAUCAUUAUUAUGGAAUUGUCAAUAAUAAUUCAGCGGAUGUAUCUAGCCGCCAUCCGAUGAAGGUUAAUACGUACGGUGAUAUUGAUGAGGAGGAUUUGGGCGAGGGAGGAGAUCAAGAUCAAUCAAGUGAAAGUGUUGGAAAACCAAAUGUUUUCAGUCUCCAACAACAGUGUUAUCAUAGAAAUGAUAAUAUGAUAUCUCUAUCACCUUUUCUGGAUGAAGCUUGUCUUCACCACUUUAAUAGUGAUGCUAUCAUCGAUGAUGGACAAUCCUAUAUUGAAACGAAAGAUACUUGCAACAUGUCCAGUUCAGAGUCAUCAUUAUUUAUUAAAGGCGAUGAGAAGUUAUGCAAGAAUGAGUUGAGGAAUGCAGCUUCUUAUUUUAGUCUUACUGGUUGACAACCUCCACGUAUAGAGAGAAGUCGUUAAGAAAGGAAGACUUUGAAGUGAAGAAAAAAGGAAAAUCGACUGCCCAGGAGCAAAUACCCGACCGGGUAUAACCCCUCACCCGGUCGGGUAAGAAGUGAGAACCGAACAAGCUAGAAAGCUGCUCAGCCCGGUCGGACCCACUACCUCACCCGGUCGGGUGAGACUUGACCGGAGGCAAUCCGGCGUGCUGAAACACAAGAACGUGGGAGAUUAUCUGAUUUUAACCGGUACCCCGGUCGGGUGAGCACCUUACCCGGUCGGGUACCCGACCAAAGGUGUUGAAAAACACCUAUAAAUAGCACACAUUUUCUUCACUAAUUUCCAUCCCUUCUUCCAUACUCUUAAGCUCAAUUUAGAAUAGUAUUUCUUUAUAUUUUUCUAGCUAUGUUUAGUCUCCAAAUGAGGAGCUAAACUUCCAUUUCUUGGUUUUGCUCUUGAAGCUUGUUGAUAAUUAAAGUUGUGAGUUAUUUUCUUA